UGUAUUUGUUACCAAGUAUUGUUUGUUGUACGUUCAGAGUAAUAGGUGCUUGUAAUGUGUGCAGAGAGGGUGUCACCUGCUUUAGCAUGUGAGAAACUUAUGUCAACAGGUCUCUCAAGUUCUAGUUUCAUUUUCCAGGAAACUGCUUUUAUGAGAGAGAGAGAAAGAGAGUUUUGUUUCCCUGGAAACCAAUCUGUUGGAGAGAGGAAAAAGAGAGGAGGGAAUAAUUAGCACACACAAGAACAGAUGUGAGGUGAUCUGGAAGGUUAAGAAAAGCACAGACAGAUUUUGUGGUUCAAAGUUAGGUUUGAUCUUUGUUUCCUGGUAGUUUUUCUCUGCCACAAGAUGAGUUUAACUAAAGAUUCCAGCUCUCCAGCUGACAGCAGCCUGAGGAUUGUUCUGCUGGGAAAGACUGGAUCAGGAAAGAGUGCAACAGGGAACACCAUCCUGGGACGAAAUGAGUUUGAGACAGAGGACAUCUCUAUGUCAUCUGUGACAAUUCGCUGCAAAAAAGAAACUGGACACUUUGAUCAAAGGACUGUGAGUGUCAUUGACACCCCUGGGGUCUUUGAUACAUCGAUGACAGAGCUCCAGUUGAAAAGUGAAAUAGAGAACUGUAUCAAGCUGUCUCUCCCAGGACCCCAUAUAUUCCUGCUGGUGAUCAGACUGGAUGUACGAUUCACUAAAGAAGAGAAGAAUACUGUCAAAUGGAUCAAGGACAACUUUGGUGAGGAAGCCUCCAACUAUACCAUGGUGCUUUUCACUAGGGGUGAUGGACUUAAGGGAAAGUCAGUUGAGAACUAUUUAGCCAAAAAUCUUGAGCUCAAGGAGGUCAUCAAAGACUGUAAAGCUGGGUACAUCGUGUUUGAUAACACACGCAUGGAAAAUCGCACUCAGGUGGCUGAUCUGUUUGAAAGCAUAGACAGGAUAGUACAAUUAAAUGGAAACCAUUACACCAGUAGCAUAUACGAAGAGGUACAGAGAAAGUUAAAUGAGGACAAAAAGUGGAAUAAGCGGGGAGACACCAUCAACACUGUGGGUGAUGUUCUGAUGGGAGCAGCAGCAGUUGCAGCUGUAGUUAACCCCCCAGUCGCUGGUCUUGCCAUAGUGGCGGAGGAAGUAGGAAUGGCAGCUAGAGUGGGAUCACUUUUAAUGAUCACAGGGGCAGGGAUUUCUAAAGCUCUUGGAAGGUGGAUGAAACCAAAAACAAACAGCUAGGUAAUGUCUUAAGCAAACUUUUGAGGGCAUUUAUUUUAAUGGCCUUUUCAUGUCCAUAUUGGAUAGAUUUUUUCCUCUUUUUUCAUUUCUUUGUUUCUUUUAUAUACGAUAAAUACGAUAUAUACAAUAAGAGUAUUUUCCAAAAUGUAAAACUGUUCCUGUAAGGGCAUAAAAAACAUUAAUAAUCUACUCAUUGAUUUAUAAUCCAUGUAUAAGAAAUUAAUGUAUUAUAAUGUCUUAUAACAACACCCUAACAAAAGCAUUACAAGUAGGAUUAUAAUACUAAACUAGGUCUGUUUUUCAUGAACAUUUAUGAGGUUUUCUGAACAUUGUACUCCCCAUAAUCAUUGCAGACAGCAUUUUUACAGCUGCCAGAAUGCCCUCAUGGUAGUUCAUAGUGUCAGUCCCUUUACUGUGUAGUUUGUUUUGAUUUCCUGUUUUAUUCUUUUGGUUUUCCUUACUUCCUGUUUGUGUUCAUUUUAGGUGUCUUGUCUUCCCCUGUGUGUGAUUGCCCCAUUGAUUUCACCUGUGUCUCAUUAUCUCUUCCCCUCCUGUGUAUAUAAGCCGGUUUCCCCAGUGUGUCUUUGUCAGAUUGUCUGCGUCCUAGUGUGUAGCGUUCUGGCGUUUUCCCUGUGAUUAGUUCUUCGUGAUUUUGACCAAGUUUGUUUCUUGAGACCUGGUUUUUGCCUUGCGAUUUUGUACUUCUGCCUGCCUUUACUUAUUCUUGUGAAUAAACCGCCUCACCUCA